GCGGCGACACAACAGGAAAUCGCACUGCCUCGGCUGGGCGGCCAGGCCGGAGCCGGAGAGCCGUGCCGCUCCAGGGGCACUCCUGGCCCCCGGCCCUCCGUCCUUGCUGGGCGGCUCGUGGGGAGCCCGCGCUACUGCUGCCCUCCAUGGAAGGGGGACGGGAGCCGGGGAGCAGCCACUGGCCCCAGGGUGGAAGAUGCAGGGCCGAAGCCCCCAGCUGAGCAUGGAGCUGAACAGACUGCUCCUCCUCACAUCCUUCCUCCUGCAUGUGGAAGAAGGCCAUGCCAGCCCAACACGGCUGGUCUGCGACAACAGGCUCAUCCAGAAGUACAUCGGGGAGGCCAAGGACAUGGAGAAGAGAGCGGGCCAGUGCCAGGAACUGCGCACCCUCAGCUGCCCCAUGGUGCUGCCUGUGGUGGGUGUCAACCUCCAGCAGUGGAAAUCCAAAUCGAACGAGACCAAGCGGCGGGAGAUCCUCUGUGACCUGGUGCUGCUGGUGCGCGCUGCGGCAGGGGCCCAGGGCCAGGUGACCCAAGAGUGUGUGGCCAGGCAGCUGAGCCAGCUUUACCAACACGCCAACUCCUUCCUCCUGCUCCUCCAGACCUUCAGCUGGGAGGUGAGACCUCCCCAUGAGCCAGGCCAUGCUGGUGCAGGUGCCGGCUGCGCUGGACUGGGUACAACAGCUUUGUCAUCCCCCUGUCCCACUCUUGCCCCUCAGGCAGGGCCCUGGGAGCCAGGCUGCUCCCCACAUUCCACGGAGCAGACCCACGUCACUGCCAUCUUCCUCACCUACCGGCAGCUGGUGCAGGGCAAGCUGCGUUUCUUCUUCCACGACCUGGCCAAGGACUUAUGCAAGCAGGGCCAGGGGGGUGGCAGAGACCCCCAGUGUGGGGCCCAGUAAGGCUGCGCACAGGGCUCAUCCCCAUUCCCAGGUCAGAGCAAUCCUGCUGGACACUGAGCUGUGCUCUGGGUGCCCAGGAAGGUGCCUGCAGGGAAAGGGUUGGCUCCUGCUCCUCAGGCCUUCGGCAACCAUGUGGCCCACAGAGGCAGACAGCAGCAACACCUGUGCGCCAGUCGGUGCCCUGCUCCCACCCAGGCAGACCCCUCCACUGUGAAUGCUUUACAAUUAAAGAGCUAUUUUUCUA